UCAAUAACCCCACUUGGAAAACACCAGGAUUGCUCAUAUAAGGAGCACAGGCCAGACCAGUGUGCCUAGCCAUGGCAUCUGCUCGGUGGCCCUGCCUCAUCUUGGCCCUGCUCUCCAGCUUGGCAGUCUCUGGCUUCCCAAGGAGCCCCUCCCGGCAGCUCGGGAAACGAAGCCUCCCGGGAGCGGUGGUCAAUGGCAUUGAGGUCUACAGCACCAAGGUCAGCUGCAAGGUGACCUCCCGCUUCGCUCACAAUGUUGUUACCACCAGAGCCGUCAACCACGCCGACACGGCCAAGGAGGUUUCUUUCGAUGUGGAGCUGCCCAAGACAGCCUUCAUCACCAACUUCACCUUGACCAUCGACGGCGUGACCUACCCUGGGAAUGUCAAGGAGAAGGAAGUUGCCAAGAAGCAGUAUGAAAAGGCCGUGUCCCAGGACAAGACAGCUGGCUUGGUCAAGGCCUCUGGGAGGAAGCUGGAGAAAUUCACCGUCUCAGUCAAUGUGGCUGCAGGCAGUAAGGUUACCUUUGAGCUAACCUACGAGGAGCUGCUGAAGAGGCACAAGGGCAAGUAUGAGAUGUAUCUCAAGGUCCAGCCCAAGCAACUGGUCAAGCACUUUGAGAUCACAGCAGACAUCUUCGAGCCCCAGGGCAUCAGCACACUGGAUGCUGAAGCUUCAUUCAUCACCAAUGACCUCCUGGGCAGCGCCCUCACCAAGUCCUUCUCAGGCAAAAAGGGCCAUGUGUCCUUCAAACCCAGCUUGGACCAGCAGCGCUCAUGCCCCACCUGUACAGACUCCCUUCUCAAAGGAGAUUUCAUCAUCACCUAUGAUGUGAACAGAGAGUCUCCAGCCAACGUGCAGAUAGUCAAUGGCUACUUUGUGCAUUUCUUUGCACCUCAAGGCCUUCCUGUGGUGCCCAAGAAUGUGGUCUUUGUGAUUGACGUCAGUGGCUCCAUGUACGGUCGGAAAAUGGAGCAGACAAAGGAUGCCCUCCUCAAAAUUCUGGAUGAUAUAAAGGAGGAUGACUACCUGAAUUUCGUCCUAUUCAGUGGAGAUGUGACCACUUGGAAAGACAGUUUGGUUCAAGCCACUCCUGAGAACAUCCAAAAGGCCAGGGAAUUUGUGAGGAAUAUUCGUGAUCAAGGAAUGACCAACAUCAAUGACGGGCUGCUGACGGGCAUCAGCAUGCUGAACAAGGCCCGGGAGGAGCACAAAGUUCCAGAGAGGAGCACCUCCAUCAUCAUCAUGUUGACCGAUGGGGACGCCAACAUGGGUGUAAGCAAACCUGAAAAAAUCCAAGAGAAUGUGCGGAAUGCCAUUGGGGGCAAAUUCCCCUUGUAUAACUUGGGCUUUGGCAACAAUCUGAAUUAUAACUUCCUGGAGAGUAUGGCCCUGGAGAACCACGGGCUUGCCCGGCGCAUUUAUGAGGAUUCCGAUGCCAACUUGCAGUUGCAGGGCUUCUAUGAGGAAGUGGCCAACCCGCUGUUGACGAGUGUGGAGGUGGGGUACCCUGAGAACGCCAUCCAGGACCUCACCCAGAACACUUACCAGCACUUUUACGAUGGCUCUGAGAUUGUGGUGGCUGGGCGCCUGGCAGAUGAGGACAUGAACAGCUUUAGGGCGGAUGUGAAGGGCCACGGGGCCAUCAACGACCUGACCUUCACUGAGGAGGUGGACAUGAAGGAGAUGGAAGAGGCCCUGAAGGAGCGGGACUACAUUUUUGGGAACUACAUCGAACGGCUCUGGGCCUACCUCACCAUCGAGCAGCUGCUGGAGAAACGCAAGAACGCCCAAGGCAAGGAGAAGGAGACACUCACGGCCCAGGCCCUGGACCUGUCCCUCAAGUACCACUUUGUGACUCCGCUGACCUCCAUGGUGGUGACCAAGCCCGAGGACAAUGAGAACCAGACAGCCAUUGCUGACAAGCCCGGGGAAGAGCCUGUGGAUGCAGUGACCCCCUCCACGGCUUACCUGAGAGUCCAUCCCACAGGGGCCAGGAGGCGAGGCGAGGCCCCUGGAACAGUGAGAGACCCAAGGAGCCAGCCCCUUCUCUGUGUGCCCUCAGUGGAUGGAGACCCCCACUUCAUCAUCCAAGUUCCAGAGAAGGAUGAUGCCAUCUGCUUCAACAUCGAUGAAGACCCAGGCACAGUGCUGCGCCUCAUUCAGGACCCCGUCACAGGCCUCACAGUUAAUGGGCAGAUCAUUGGUGAGAAGAGAAGCAGCCAGGACUCUCAACCCAGAAAGACCUACUUUGGCAAACUGGGCAUUGCCAAUGCUCACCUGGACUUCCGGAUUGAGGUGACACCAGAGAGGAUCACCCUGUGGAAUGGGGCUGCACAGAGCACAUUCAGCUGGCUGGACACAGUCAUGGUGACCCAGGAUGGGCUGUCUGUGAUGAUCAACAAGAAGAACAUGGUGGUCUCCUUUGGAGAUGGGGCUACCUUUGUGGUUGUCCUCCACCAGGUGUGGAAGAAACAGCCCAACCACCAUGACUUCCUGGGCUUCUAUGUGGUGGACAGUCACCGGAUGUCGACACAGACACAUGGGCUUCUGGGACAAUUCUUCCACCCUUUCGACUUUAAAGUGUCUGACAUCCACCCAGGCUCUGACCCCACAAAGCCAGAUGCCACAAUGGUGGUGAAGAAUCAUCGGCUGACAGUCACCAGGGGUUCCCAGAAAGACUACAGGAAGGAUGCCAGCAUUGGUGUGAAGGUUGCCUGCUGGUUUGUUCACGACAAUGGGCAAGGGCUGAUAGAUGGCAUCCACAGUGACUACAUUGUCCCCGACCUGUUCUGAGUGGAUCUGCCAGCUCCUGCUGAGACAGCUAGCCUAGCUUGCCUGGCAUCUGGAACAGGGACACUGGGUGGGUCCUGAGGGAGGGCAGCGAUAAUAAAGGCCAAGGUGAAACUAGACUGCCAUCAGCCCCUGCAUGCUUCCAUGAGCAGCACAAAGGAGGCGCUGGCUGCUUGGAAAGCAA